AUGAAGCACUUCUUCGCACUCCCGGCGGUGCUGCGAACCGCAGCUAUCCUUGCUUCCGCAUCGCAACAUGUGUUCAGCGUUCAGGAUGACAUCCUAGCAUAUCCACAGUAUCGAGUACAGUUCCAGACAGAAUGGACCUCAGAAUCAGCAGCAAAGGCUCGACUAGCGAAGAGCGAUGAUCCGCAGGUCCUCAACGCAGACAGCGAAACACCACCAUCCGAUCUCGAGCAAUACCAACAAAGACUAGCAGCAUCCUAUGACAGCAAGCAGGGAGAAGAUGAACAGGCAGAUUACGAACACAUGAUCCAUGAUGGGCUCCCAUGGCUAUGUCGCGUACCCAGAGUCAAGAAGCCGGUAGAAGGAACCACAGGUGCGAACGAAACUCUCACCAAGGCGGAGGAAGAGAAAGAGCUCGCGCGAGCAACAGAUCGAGGAUGGGAACUGCUGUCAGCUAUGCAGGGCAAUUGUGUCUACUUCAUCAGUGGUUGGUGGAGCUACCGCUUCUGCUAUAACCAAGGCGUCAAACAGUUCCACCAGUUGCCUCCAAGUCGUGGCAUACCUGUCUACCCACCGAUGGAGGAUCCUGGUGUACCGGGCUUCAUGCUGGGGACAUAUGCCAAGAGAGCGGAGGGAGAGGAGUUCCCGAGAGAUGAGGGCGAGACGGCGCUGGAGAUGAGUGAUGGGGCGAAGAGGAGGGCUAGUGGAAAUGGGGAGAUUGUGCAGAGGGGUGAGAGUCGUUAUCUGGUGCAGAAGUUGGCUGGUGGGACGGUGUGUGAUCUCACGGGGAAAGAGAGGAAGAUUGAGGUGCAGUUCCAUUGCAACCCUCUGUCCGCCGAUCGCAUAUCCCUCAUCAAAGAGACCAGUACCUGCCACUAUCUCAUGGUGAUUCAGACUCCACGCCUUUGCAACGACAUCGCUUUUCUCCCACCGCAGAAGGACCAACCGAACGCCAUAACGUGCUCGCCAAUCCUUCGUUCGGACGAAAUCGAAGACUAUGAAGCAGAUCUCAAAGCCUCUGAACGCAUCCUCCAGGAGACCACAAAACAGUGGGAAGCAGCCGAAGCAGCGGCAACUCUUGGUGGGCCCGCAUUUGCACCCGUCGACCUGCCUGUAGGUGACAUCUACGUGGGCGAACACAGACUAGUCCCAGAGGGUAUCAAGAUCGAAAAGUCUGCAAUCGUAGGCGGAGGCAAAGAGACGUACAUCGACACGAUCGCGAACUCGGAGGGCAAGAUCCUAAGCAAGGAGAAGCUGGAGGAGCUGGGUCUGGGAGACACGAAAGCCAUGGAGAAGCUGAAGAAGGAGUUGGAGAAGAUUGCUGCUGGUCAGGUCUGGAAGCUUGAUGUUAUUGACACGCCUCGAGGUCGUGAGUACAGGGGGAUCAUAGGUGAUGGCGAGGAUGAGGAGGAAGGUGCGGGUGCGGGUGCAGGUACAGGAGAGAUCAAGCACGAGGGUGGGAUUAAGGAGGGGAGUGCGAAGAAGGAUACGUAUGAGAAGACUGCUACGGAGCCGAAGAAGAUGAAGACGGAUAAGAAGGAUGCGAAGAAGACGAAGGAGGCUGAAGUGGGAGGUAGUGAAGAGGAAUACUACAAGGAGGAGCUUUAG